UUCUGCCCAUGCCGAAACCGAGACCCUCAAUCACCAACCAUCAAAAUCAAAAUCAAAAUCAAAAUCGUCAUAAUUCGAGAUUUUAAAAAUCCCCCAAAUUCACAAAUUUCCGAAUAUUCGAAUUUAGGGUUCUUCCCCCGUCUGUUUCUCUUUCCUAUAUUCGUAUAUCCCUUAAAAACGCAAAGAAAUCAGCGACUGUUUGAUUCGAGCGCUAAGUUCUCUCUCUCGACGUUGAAAAUAGGCUUAACUCUGGAUUGGUUUGUCGGCUAGGUAUCAUUCUGAUAUAUUUGCAAUGAAGUACCUGGAAUACACUCCACUUGAUCGUAUAAGUGAAUUUUUGAGUCAUGUGAACCUUGGAGAGCGCACUGUUAAGGGAUGUCUUGAACCGUACUCUUGCAAACAUACAGGAACAGAUAAGAAGCUGUCUCUCAGUUUGGAGAAUGAGAUUCUUGAUUACCUUGGAAAGUCUUCUGACACAGACUCUUCUUCACCAGUUGAUUAUCUAUGUUGUAGAUCCAGCCGAAAGACAUUGAUUUAUCUGCUCCUUACUCUCAAUCAUAUGUAUCCAGACUAUGACUUCAGUGCAGUGAAUGCUCACCAAUUUUUUACGGAAGAAAAUUGGGAUAGUUUUAAGCAGAUAUUUGAUACCUACAUGUUUGAAGCAUCAAAGGAAUGGCUUGAGACAAAUGAGGACAGUCCUCUACUGGAGACCUUGUACAAGGCCUUGGAUGAGGUUGUUAAAGUCACAGAAUGUGAAAUUUACAGUUACAAUCCGGAGGCUGAUGCAGAUCCGUUACAUGAAAAAGGAACCUUGCCAAACUGGCUUGAGGUCACCUCUAUUAGCUUGGAACUAGAAAAGUAUCUAGCCAUCUAUAUUGAUCACCAGGGGCCAAGAAAACUCCUCUGUAUUCCUGGUGAUUUCCAUUUUUCGGGCUUGCUACAGUCCACAAUUAGAAUGCUACUUUGUGAAAAUUAGGGCUUUCUCAUAUAUUUGCUCUUCUCCAAUGGAGUAGAAGAUCGAUACAUAUUGAGGUUGGGACAAGAGGGUGACCUGGAGGAAGCAGAUUUUGGUGUUUAGCUUUAAUUAGGCUGUGGCAUGCACCUUUUCAAUUUUGUGUCCAACUUGGUACAAGUUGGCCUGAGAUUGGUCAUUGAACUUGAUCUGCAUAGUGUGAACGGAGUAGGAAUUUGUGAUAAGGUGAGAGAUACUUGGAGGUAUGCACCAAUUAGACUGCAUAGUGAGCGGUGUGUUUGUCUC